AUGUUACAGUACUGUAGAUCUGUUCUCCUGGCACUGAGACCAGUGUGUUUAUAUAGUGUUAGAAAAUGUCUGAAUGUUAGACAAACGUCGAAUGGGACCAACAAUUACGUUCGUACGAGACGAGGCACACGUGCAGGCAGGGGCGCUGUCAGACCGAUACAUAGUGUGAUCGGUAUUUCGUGUACCCCUGGCAAAGCAAACAGCAACAGUGGUGUAAAUUACAACAGUCUCGUCCAGAUAAUCACCAAACAUGGUAUGUCAACAUCUCAACCACCCUUGUCUGGACAUGCUGCAGCAACAGCAGAGGUAUCAGUCAUCAGAACCAUUGUGCAGCCGCGCUGCGAUGUUAACAGCUGGAAACCAAUAAUAUCUAUAUCGCGCGAGAACUUGGUUGUCAUUAAACCAACGACGGAGACUCAGCCAAAGCCCGGCGUCCUGCUUAAUUUAGUAUCGCUGAAUUGUCGCUCGGUGAAGAACAAGUCAUUGUCUAUCAGUGACAUCAUUACAUCUCGGGAUAUCGAUAUUCUAGCGAUAACGGAGGCUUGGCUGGGCUCAGCCGUUGAUGACCAAAUUCUCGCUGAGCUUAUACCAACAGGCUAUGACAUUCUCCACAAUGCUAGACAAGGCAGACGUGGUGGCUGUUCUGUCUAA